AUGUUUGUUGGUGGGAGUGAUACCACUGCGACAGCCGUUGAGUGGUCUAUGGCCGAGCUUAUACAGAAUCCAAGGCUGAUGAAGAAAGCACAAGAAGAGGAAAGUUUACGGCUACAUCCGCCUUUACCGUUUUUGAUUGGAGAGUUUCCACUGCCGCUGCUAAAAUUGGAGAUUGAUAUCCCAACAAAUACUGGGUUUUUCAUUAACGCCUGGGCAAUUCAAAGAGACCCCAAGUUGUGGGAUAAGCCAGAGGAGUUCUGUCCUGAGAGAUUUAGAAACAACCCGUUGAUUUUAAAGUUCAAUUGGGAAUUGCCUGGAGGUGCUAACAGUGAGGAAUUAGACAUGACUGAAGAGGGAUGUAAAACAUUGGUGCUUGGGGUUGUUGGGAGAUCUGCAAGUGCGAGGUCUUUGGCUAAUAGGAGUUUGGCUUUUCAAAUGUGUGUGCUGUACUGUAAUGUACCUGAGGUAGGAUCUAGUGUGGGUUAA